GAGGUGGCGAGGCUAGCGCGCUCAGACCCGGCCCCGGGAAGGGAAGGAAGUACUGAAGCGAGUGUCCAGACCGUCCCAGCUCCUUGGAGCUGUGCGCAGCCCCUGAACGCAGUUCUCGUCGUAGUGUCCCCGUGUAUGGUGUUGGGAGCAGAGUAGCGAUUAGAUAAUUCACAGAAAGUCUCACACAGGGCCUGGCACUUGGUCAGCACUUAAUAAAUUAUGUGAGCUGUUACUGUUGGUGCGUGGAAUUGAAGAUAAACCUUUCCGUUGUCAGAGUCAGUGAGAUAGGCUGCUGAUGAGAUACUAAGGUACUUUCCUCUGGAGGUGUGCAAGUAGGGGCUGGGGGUUAUGUGUAGGGAUGCCGUGGAGGGGAUUCUUGCCCCGACUAUAGGACAAGAGUCUUUGAUUCUUCCUUACCAGGCUGGGUGUCCAUGUAGCCAUGGGGGAUUGAGCCUGCUCCCUUGGGCCGACUGCACCAGACAUGGUGGCAGGAACCACAGAAGUGAGAGAUAGGGUCUCUGCCCUCAGGACACAGCCUGCAGGAUGCCCUGAAGUCCUGAAUCCUGGCCCCAAGAUCUGUUGACAAGUAGUAAGGGACUGGAGGCUAGGCUUACCCAGCCUAACUGGGUAAUUUGGGCAAAUCCCUUGAAGUAUUUCAUCUCUCAGGUGGGAUCAACUUCCCUGAGUGCAGGAAGGGAUGUGGGAUAACAGGGAGAAAUGCUUAAUGAGACCUUUACAGAAUUGAGACAGUGGCUCUCAGUGCUUACUGGGCAGAGCUGCUCAGGGUGGUUGUUAAAAAUACAUCUCCCAGGGGCUCCCCAAAAGAUUGAGUAGGUCUUGAGUGGACCAAGGGAUCUUCAUAGUUUAACCUAGACCCCAGGUGAUUCUGACGCAGGCAGUCCAGGGACCUCACCUGGCAAGUUGUAAACAAAGCAUCGAUUGUCGUUAAGGAAAUACCACUUGGCCCUUCAUUCACAUGACAGGGUAAGAAAAACCAGACGCGGUGCUGCCCCGUGGAGCUUGCAGGAGCCAUUAGUCUCCCGCGUGUCUCCUGGGCAAACCUUUGCAUUUCGGUGGUGUCUGAGAAACAGCGCAUGGGGCGCAGUCCAGAGAUGGGGGCUCCAGGGCAGCAUGAAGAGCACAGGCUUUGAAGUGAGGGAGCCCAGGAUGUGAGUCACCAUCCACCACUCGCUUCCUGAGUGACCUUGAGCAAGCCAUUUAAGCUCAGAGUCACCCAUAAAAUUAGGACAGUGGCCCGUCUCUUACCGGACGGUGAGAUGAAACGAUAGAGCAUACGCCUGCUCCCCCGACCGCCCCUGGCGCAGCCUCGGUGCUCGGUAACCAUGGUACCUGCGGAUGCUGCAGUGUUACCGGUGCCGACAGUGGUUCCACGAGGCCUGCACCCAGUGCCUCAACGAGCCCAUGAUGUUCGGAGACCGGUUCUACCUGUUCUUCUGCUCCGUGUGUAACCAGGGCCCGGAGUACAUCGAGCGGCUGCCCCUUCGAUGGGUGGAUGUGGUUCACCUGGCCCUCUACAACCUGGGGGUGCAGAGCAAGAAGAAGUACUUUGACUUUGAGGAGAUUCUGGCCUUUGUCAACCACCACUGGGAGCUCCUGCAGCUUGGCAAGCUCACCAGCACCCCCGUGACUGACCGAGGACCACAUCUCCUCAAUGCGCUGAACAGUUACAAAAGCCGGUUCCUCUGUGGCAAGGAGAUCAAGAAGAAGAAGUGCAUCUUCCGUCUGCGUAUCCGUGUCCCCCCCAACCCCCCAGGGAAGCUGCUGCCUGACAAGGGCCUGGCGCCCACUGAGAGCGGCGCCUCCUCUGAGCUGCGUAAGAGAGGAAGGAGCAAGCCUGGUUUGUUGCCUCACGAAUUCCAGCAGCAGAAAAGGCGAGUUUAUAGAAGAAAAAGAUCAAAGUUUUUGCUGGAAGAUGCUAUUCCCAGUAGCGACUUUACCUCAGCCUGGAGCACCAACCACCACCUAGCCAGCAUAUUCGACUUCUCGCUGGAUGAAAUUCAGAGCUUAAAAAGCGCCAGCUCAGGCCAGACCUUCUUCUCAGAUGUGGACUCCACGGACGCCGCCAGCACCUCUGGCUCGGCCUCCACCAGCCUCUCCUACGACUCCAGACGGACGGUGGGCAGCCGCAAGAGGAAGCUGGCGGCCAAAGCGUACAUGCCCCUGCGGGCAAAGCGGCGGGCAGCCGAGCUGGGUGGGCGCUGCCCCUCGGACAGCAGUGCCGAGGGGGCUUCGGGCCCUGAGCGGCCGGACGAAGGCAUCGACAGCCACACCUUCGAGAGCAUCAGUGAGGAUGACUCGUCCUUGUCCCACCUCAAGUCAUCUAUCACCAACUACUUUGGCGCGGCCGGGCGGCUAGCCUGUGGGGAGAAGUACCAGGUGUUGGCCAGGAGGGUCACACCCGAGGGCAAGGUUCAGUACCUGGUGGAGUGGGAAGGGACCACCCCUUACUGACUCGCUCCAGGAGAUGCCAGGAGCCUGGAGACCAACGGAGAGACACUUCUCUCCAGGUGGGGGUGGGGGAGGAAAGCAAGACAGCUCCCAGUGCUUGGCAAAAGGCCCUUCGCGCCCGCCUGCCAGGCCGAGGCCUGCGCCGCUCCGCGUGCCCAUUCUGCUCUUGGGCCUCCUCAGGCUCCUCACCCCUUUGCCUGUGUCUCUAAGGUCCCACUGGCUAUGCCUCAGUGUCUCCACACACUUCCUCAAACUGUUCACCUGUAACUCUGAAUUGGGUGUCCCCCUGGCUCUCCGACCCUUUUUCCUGAGGCCCGAGUCUUUCUCUUUGUCUGUGUCCCUCUCUCUCCCACCCCUUUUGGGUGUGUGCGUUUACACACUUAACACGUGCAUGGCUGUCCCUCUCCUGGAUGUCCUUCACCCCUGACCCAUGCACAGCCAGUCGACCCCCGGAUCGCAUUCUAAGAACAGGAACCGUUAAGCAUUGCUGAAGGUAGAGAAGAGGACGCCUCUCAGAGCUUUUCCCCUCCCGCUUUCCUGCCAUUCCCUGCUGCCCUUGGCCAGGGGUGGUGAGGGUGGGAGACUGCCUCUGUGAAAGCCUGGGAGGCAGAGAGCCUGGGACUCUUGGGAUCUGAGGCCAGAAGAGGCUGGGUCUCUGCCUCCGAAGGCACCAACGACAGAGCCCAGUGACUAAGGCUAAGCGUAAGGGCUAUGGGUGUCAGCCUCCCAGGUCUCAGGAGUUAUCCUCUCCCUGGCCACACCCCCUCAUAGCUGCCAAGGAGCUGCGCCUGGCCUUGCUGGAAUGGAAGUGGCCUGGAAAACCUGCGGGACGGGGGCGGAAGUGGGAGGAAGGAAGCUGUGUCACGCUAACCUUCGGAUGUCUCCUGUGCCUCCCACCCCCACCCCACCACACACGCAGCCAGGCAAUACACACUCACACAGAAGCCCCCAUCACACGUGUGCUUUCACCCUCCGGAGUACACACCACACACACCCACACCACACACCCCCACUCCCUCUGGUACCGGCCUGGUUCCUGCCCUUGGCUCUCCCUCGGCCCUCUUCAGGGCCGCGUGCUGCAACCACACGUGGAAGUCCAGCCCUUGCCCCCUUCCUUCAGCCAUGAACCAGCUGUGACCCCGCGGGGAGGCACAGAGGACGCCCGCCUACCCUCUUCCUUAGCCCCUGCUGUGCCCGGAGAUUGACAAUCACUUUUUGGAACAGGUUGGGAUUUUUAAAGGGCUUGUGUUAUUCAGUCCCCUCAAAGGAAAGUCUUUGUCGGAGUAAAAAUAGAAUUUUUAGAACUGACAUUACAACUCCUACCCAUCUGGAGGAAAACCAGAAAUGAGAAGGGGAGGGGACCCCUCAUUUUUGCUGCUUCCAGAGAUAUCAGAAACUGACUCACAUGAUUGGAAAGUAGAAAUAAGUGCCUUCACUAGGGCAGGGCCUGGGCCAGAUGGGCGCCAGCCUUGCCAACCGCUGCUGCGGCCCCCAGCUUGGCUGGGUUUUGCAGGCCGCCAGCUGCAGGGCGAAGGUGGAUGAACAGAGGGGUGGCAUCGGGGCAGCGGGCCUGGAGAGCUGGUUUUUCCAUUGCUAGGCUCAGCCCCUCCCCCCCGUGAGCAUCAGGGAGUCCCUGAGAUCAUCCAGAUGCCCCUUGCCUCAAACUUAGCUCCUAUAGUGCCUUUCACACAGGACCUCACCUCCUGCACACGGCCCACCAACUUCCCUCUGCUUCCCUAGCGUGAGCCAGGCAGGGAACAGCUGGGGGUGGGCCCCGUUCUCUCCCUUCUCAGCCCCACAGCUGCUGCCACUGAAGCCCCUAACUGGGGCCAGAUGGAAGGGGAGCUGAGAAGCCAGCCCCCCGCCCAGCAGGGGUGUGGGACCUGGGAUCCAAUCUGUGGCUUCCUGCCUGGCUUCAGAGGGUACAGCAACCCCCCAGGCCUGCUUUCUAGGGUUCUGAGAAAGCACAGGACAAGCAAGGCCUGCCACAGUUCUGCACCUGCACCUUCUCUACUCAAGCUCCAGAGAGGCUCUGGGCUUGAAGAAGGGGAAGGGGGGAAGGGGGUGUCUUCCUCACUUGGAAAUUCAGCAUAAGGCCUAGCAAGGCCACCUUGACUCCACAUCCCAGCAUUUCAUUUGUACCAGUUAACAGCUGCAUUACUGCCAACUGACCUUAUAAUAACCCUGUGCACCUUUGAAAAGAUUUAUGGUUUUGAAUUUGCUGCUUUUAAUAACAUUUGUUAUAUUAAAGUUAUAAUUAAUG